AUGUCUGAGCAAUCACUCGAUUAUACAAAUGGCGACAGAUAUGAGGGGAUGACUCUUGGGAAUAUGAGGCACGGGAAGGGGGUGCACACCUGCACGAACGGUGAUUGCUACAGAGGAUACUGGCGUCUUGACAAGCGCCACGGCAGGGGCAAGGCAACCUUUACCUCAGGGAUGCAGUACGAGGGAGACUGGGCAGACGACAAAGCACAUGGGAGUGGGAAGGCGCGGUACGAGAAUGGCGGGAUGUACAAAGGGGAAUUUAGGCAUGAGCAGCGGUGUGGGUGGGGCCACCACACAUUCCCCACAGGCGACCACUACGAGGGCGAGUGGCUGGCUGACAAGAUACACGGCCAGGGCAGGCACACCUUCCUGGACGGGUCCUACUAUGAAGGGCACUGGGCGGCUGGGGAGCGAGUGAAGGGUAUAUUGGUGUCUGGGGACGGCAGCACAGAAUACACUGGGCAGUGGAAAGAGGAAGCGCGCCACGGCCAUGGGGUGCUGUUCCACAAGGGCUUCCUGAAAUACACUGGGGAGUGGGUGGAUGAUGUGCAGGAAGGGCACGGUGUGUGUGUGUGGGCGGAUGGGACGGAGUACAAAGGCACCUGGAAGGGAGGCGUGCGAUAUGGCAGGGGGAUUUACACACGCCCGGACGGCUAUGUCUAUGAUGGCGAUUGGCGCGAUGACAUGCAGCACGGCCAGGGCAGCUGCCGCUAUGAUGACGGCAGCAGGUAUGAGGGCAGCUGGGAAAAGGGGCAGCGCAGCGGCGAGGGCAAGUGCAGGUUUGCAAAUGGGGACGUCUAUGUUGGGCUGUGGGCAGUGGAUGCACGCAGCGGCAAAGGCACCUGUGCCUAUGAGAGCGGAGACAAGUACACCGGGGAGUGGGUGGACGGUCAGAGGCAGGGGUAUGGCAUAUGCAAGUUUGCAGACGGUUCCAAGUUCAAGGGGGAGUGGGAGGGCGAUGCCUGGGUGCAGGGACUGGCUCACCCCGGUCACACCAAGCUCAAAGGCCUGGGACUGUCCAGGGCUGUGGCUGGGGUCCCUGCCACCUUCACCAUCCUGGCGAGGGAUGAGCUGCGCAACAGGCGGCUUUGCGGAGGGGAUGUGUUUGAGGCGCGCCUCAGGGGGCCCAACAGCAUCGAAGGGACGGUGAAUGACAACAACGAUGGCACAUACACUGUGAACUACACGGCCACCCUUGCUGGCCAGUACCAGCUCUGCAUCACAACUGAUGAGGGUCACGUGGCAGAUUCAUCCUACUCGCUGCGGGUGCUCCCCGGCCGGCCGUCAGCCAGACACUGCACCGUCACAGGCGACGGCCGCCGCUGCGCCACUGUCAACCGCCCGGCACAGUUCACCGUCGAAGCCCGGGACGAAUUUGGCAACAGGUGUGAAGGAGUGGACCUCGGGAAGCAUCUGCCCCUUGAGGUGGAGCUUAAGCUAGCAGCUACGCUGUUACCAGUCACCCUGGAGGCACAGGAAGAUGGCUGCUACACCUGCACAUUCCAGCCAAAUGCUCCAGGAUACCAUCGGCUGGAGAUACUCUGCCACGGACGGCCAAUUGCAGGCAGCCCAUUCUCUGUCAAGAUGUUGUCUGAUGGGCCAAUGUCUUUUGUGCAGGUGGAAGCAGAAAUAGACACAGGGCCGAGUCCUCAGCAGGACUUCGCCCCCAUUGAGGACCAGGUGAAGAAGUGGGAGCUCAUAGCAGCCAGGGAGUACCAGUUUGAUGGCACUGCAGACGGAUGGGACAGCGACGUGGCAGAGGAGGAGACACCAGAGCAAAAAUACAUCAAGGCGCAUCCGGAUGUGCCGGUGGUGGAGAAUAUGGAGGACAUGUGGAAGGUGAGCAAGCUGCAGCGUGAGCGCAAGCGCCGAGAGGAGCAGGCCGCAGCGAUCAGGGACGCCCGCGCCGCCAAAGCCGACGCGCAAAAGACGGCGGCUGCAGCUGCUGUUGAAAAGGUCUCUCCAAUGAGCACGAGCACAUCCGCACUGGUGAGCGGUGCCGGCAAUCAGACCUUCACUUUGAAGGAUGAAGCAGUAUCAAGCGGGUUUUCUAUGAUGUGGAAGUCGCUUGCGAUUGGAUCGUGUGACUACGAGUGUGUAUGA